AUGGCUCCCGGUCUUACUGAUACCUUGGCCCUUCGGGCUCCAACAGUUGCGCCUUCACUCAAGUCAGAUGCCGGUCACAACAAGGAAAACCUGAUAGGCUACAAAUACGAGAAGGAGCGUGAGAUCAAGGGUACAGAUAAGCUGCCUCCGGCUUCCUAUCCAGAGUACCUGCCCGUCUGGGACAAUGAGACAGAGAGAUACCCCCCUCUACAGCCUUUCCAGCACUACGACCACGGGAAAGAUGCAGAUGCCUCCUUCCCCGACCUGCUGCCCAAGAACCAGGCCAAGAUUGACCACAUCACGCCUUUCAUUGGCUCUGAGAUCCACGGCGUGCAACUAAGUCAGCUCUCCGAUAAGGGCAAGGAUCAGUUGGCUCUCUACGUUGCACAGCGCCGAGUUGUGGCCUUCCGUGACCAAGAUUUUGCGUCCCGCCCCAUUCAAGAGGUCGUCGACUACGCCGGAUACUUUGGCCGACACCACAUCCACCAGACCUCGGGAGCCCCCAAGGGCUUCCCCGAGAUUCAUCUGGUCUUCCGCGGCGCCGACGAUCGCACCGGCGAGACGUUCUUGGAGCAGCGUACCAACACUAUCACAUGGCACUCGGACGUAACCUUCGAGAAGCAACCUCCCGGCACCACCUUCUUGUAUGUCCUGGAUGGCCCAACAACCGGUGGCGAUACCUUGUUCGGUGAUAUGGUCCAGGCAUACAAGCGUCUGUCGCCUGAGUUCCGGAAGCGUCUUCACGGGCUCAAGGCUGUGCACUCCGGCCUUGAACAGAUCAAUGCUAGCUUGAACGGUGGUGGCAUUGCUCGUCGUGAUCCCAUUACCUCCGAGCACCCAAUUGUCCGCACUCACCCUGUUACCGGUGAAAAGGCCCUCUACGUGAACCCGCAGUUCACCCGUUACAUCGUUGGAUACAAGAAGGAGGAGUCAGACCAUCUCCUCAAGUUUUUGUAUGAUCAUAUCGCCCUCUCGCAGGAUACUCAAGCUCGUAUCCGCUGGAAGCCUAACACCGUCGUUGUUUGGGAUAACCGCCUCGCAUGCCACUCUGCUGUUUUCGACUGGGAAGAUGGUCAGCGCCGACACAUCGCCCGUCUCACUCCUCAGGCUGAGGCUCCCUACGAGACACCUUUCGAGGGUUAA